AUGUAUAUUUUAUCUUUGUGGAGAAAUAUUAUAUUAGUGUAUAAUUUGUAUAUUAAAAAGUAAUAAUUUCAGAAUGCCAUUUAUAGUGUUCAAAUGGUACCCACGCAAAUAUUUAUUGACAUAUUCAAUGACAAAGGUAGAUAGCGUACGAAUGAAUGAAAGAGGUAGGGGUUCCACACCAGUGCGAGACAAAAAAAGUGGUACAGAUCGCGAAGCAAACACCAUCGUGUGGAAAUACUAUAAGAGGAUGAAGUAAUAGAAAGAGAGAGAGAAUCUUGAAGAUCGAAGGAGGAGUAUCGACAAGGGUAGCGAGAGAAGGAGGAGAAGGGAUAAGCGACAGAGGCCUUAUAGGAGAGAGAAAAUGUCUCAGCAAGGGGAUGCUCGACAUGGGAGGUAACGACGAGUUAAUCGUCAGCGAUUGAGAUCGGCGUCACUCCAUCGCCCGGAGAGUGUUUUUGAACCCCCAAGGGAUGUCGCAACUCCGCGUUCAUUGCUGGAUUUCCCAAAUCCAGACCCGAUGGUGACCGGAGAGUUGGGAGCGAUUCGUCGCCACUCCUUGCCGACUAGGGAAGAGGAGGGAAGAGAGGUUCCCAUCAUCGAACCGAAGGCCUCAUCGUCGACCGAGAGUGCGGAUGACUGUCCACAUCGACGCAAACAUGAGAGUUGGGAGCAAUUUGAGGACCGGUUGGCUGUCCUGGAGUUAAAGCGUUUUGUCCAAGACAAGCCGCGGCAGACGACGGUGGUUUUGGAGAAGUUGAGGGAGGGCCAGCGAAAAGAAAUGGAAAAGAGGAAGAAAACAUUGAGAAAGGAAGAUCUCGUUUCUCGUGGUGAUGAGGAUGAUGUUACUAUUCCGACGAGACCAAUCACACCGCCUGGCCCUCCAAAUCAAGAGAAAAAUUUGCGACCAAGGGAAAAGGAGAUAGAUAGUGGUAGACAUGGACCUCUACCCACUAAAACAACAGGGGUGAUGUUCCAGGGGUUGAAACCCAUCCCAACGGAUCCAACAAUUGAUCCACCCCCCCGGGUGUGUCAAAAUUGUUGGCUAAGGGGCCAUCGCCGCCAGCAAUGCCCAAAGAAAGUCACUGAGUCCUGUUGUUUUAAUUGCGGCAGGAAAUAUGUGACCUUGGCGACAUGCCCAAGGUGUGUCGAGGCCCAUGAAAGGUUUAUUCGUGAGGAAAACCGCAAUUUAUCGACUGGGGUGUGUGGGCGUGUAAGUACGACGAAGGGGGUGGACGCCCGGAAAGAAAAAACGAGGGAAAUUGCUAAGGUUCCGCUUUUGAUCGACAGAACCACUCCUCGAUCACCAAUUGCCGACAAGGGUCCGGAAGUGGAGUCGAUUCCGGAUGCUCCAUUACCUUCUGCAGAAGUGGCGUCAGUGGAAGUUCCGCUCAUGGAGUUGUCUCAAGCCAUCUCAGAUUUGACUCGGGUCUUGGCCGGAUUACCACCCGAGACGAUCAACCUGGCGGUGAAGCAGUUGUUGGAGGAAAGGCGACAUGCCUUCAAUAAAUAGGCUUCCCCUCACCAGUGAUUUUGCUGG